AGAAGAGUGACGCCACAGCCUUUAGGAAAGACGACAUUUUAUGUGAAUCGCGCGUCCACGGCAUGUCUGAAGAAUUUUGUGCCAAAUACUUAAAUUUCAUUAUAAAAAUUUUAGUUGCUAAGAUCUCAUAAAGAAAAAUUUACGUACUUUAAUAAGAUCUUUGACACCAUAUCUGACAUGUAUAACCCAUCUAUAAGUUGUAGUUAUAGCUACCAUAAAUACAGCUCUAGUAUGAGUUCUCGAGGCCGUGGAUUUAAUUCUCGGGGAGGCAGUUCUUAUAGAGGAAGAGGUGGAGGUAGUGGAAACGAAUGGAAUAGUGGAUCAACAGGAGGAAACAUGUCUAGCAGAGGAGGUUAUUCCUCAUCUAGAGGAGGUCGAUUUAAAUAUUCAACUACUAGUUAUGAUUCGCGUUCAAAAUAUAAUUCUGGAGGUUCAGAAAGAUAUUCUAGUAGAGGAGGAAGAGGUGAACAUUCAAAUAGUUACAAAAGACCAAGGGAUUCUUAUUCUGGAAGAGAUGAACAUCGUUCAUCAAGUGAUUCAACUCGUAAAAGGAUGAGAAGUGAUUCAUAUCAGGGUGGAGGUAGCGGUAGCGGCUCUCAGAGGUAUUCUUCGUCGUAUGGUGGUUCAUCUGCAUCAGCUCCUUAUGACGAUAAUAAGGGAUCGUCAUCUUCGGCCGUGUAUGAGGACAAGAGACAGAGCGAACGUGCUUCGUCAUACCAUCGCUCAGAGGACCGUCAUUCAGCAUCACGGAGCUAUGCACCUCCACCACCCCCUCGAAUUAGUGAAAUGGCACCUCCAACUCAGAGAUAUAGCUCGAGCCGAGGGCGAAUAUCGCAUCAAAGCUCAAACUACAGAGGUCGUAUUUCAACUCGCGGCAGCGGAAGAGGGGGUGGAUUCCAUCGCAUGAGCUCUCGAUCGGACGUCAUCAUGGCUCGCAAGCGUACUCUACACUCACUCGACUAUCGACGCAAGCUGCUAGGAUCGCGAUCGCGAGACUACAUCCAGCGUGUGCGCAUGACCACAACCAAAUUGCGCAGGAGUAGCGGUACUACUAGGCUAUCCGGAAGUAAAAAGGAGUCAGGAUCAGGAACCAGUAUGAAGGACAAGGAUAGAGAGAUGACCAAAGCUAUUAACGCUGAAUUUUCCGAUGACGAUGAAGAGGAUGAUGAUAACAAAAGUAAUUGGGAUGAUGAUGAUAAGCCACAUGAACGCGAUGAUGAAGAGGAAGAGGAAGAAGAAGAGAAAAUGAAAAAAGAUGAAAAAAGAAAAAAAGAAAAGCAAGAUCGGGAAAGGCAAAAUACCGAAGAUGAGGAAGAAAAAGAAGAUGAAGUAAAAGAAGAUGAAGAUGAUCGAAAACAUGAGGAUGAUGAAGACGAUGGGGAUGAUGAAGAAAGAAAUGAAAACGAUAAAACAGAACACGGUAGAGCUACUGGUUCAGAAGAAUUACCUAGUAGAAGAGAUGGGAGAAAAUUUAUUAAAUUAACUUGUCCACAUUGCGCUCAUCGUAGUGUUACUUUCAAAGAAUAUUCUUUGCAUUUAUAUUCGGGCCGUCAUAGUGCAGCAAUGAGACGAAUCGCAUCGCGUCAUAAAGCAACUUUAACUCGUAUGCGUGUCUUGCAACGACAAGAACAACGACGUGUCGAAGCUCGUGAUGCUGCGCGUGGUACUUUGCCUUCUCGUACCAUGUUCUGUCCGAUUUGUAAACUCAAUUAUCGUUCUCUUAAAGCAGCACAUCAACUAUCCGAUUCCCAUCGUCAAAUGAAACGAUUUCUUACACCAUUUUGCCGCACAUGUCGUAUUCAAUUUCGAUCACCAAUGCUAUUUGAAACUCAUAUGUGUUCUUUGGAUCAUAUUAAGAGAAAAAGUGCAUUGAAAGAAAGAAUGAACGCUGGCAAUGGUGAAGCGGAAGCGGAUUCAAGUGGACCAGAAGAAGAUGACAAGGAAGUUAAUCUUGAUAAUUUCAUGACUUUGGAUUCUGUAGGUGAUGUUGAUGAAGAUGAAGAGUCUCCUGAAAAAAAAAAAGAAAAACCAGAAAGUGAAGGAACAAAUGAUACAGAAAAAAAACCUAAAAGCAAACAAAUGAUUAAAGUUGGAGCAGAAUAUAUAAAACGUGUCGAGGUUCAGUUCUGUGAAUUAUGUAAGCUAUAUCUACCACGUAGUGAAAAUAGUGAAAGAGCAAUAGCACUUCAUUGUUCAACUAGAAGUCAUCUUAAACGAUAUGUGCGCGAUAAUGAUGAUAAAGCAUUGCGAAGGCAAGCAGAAAGAAUACAUCUGCAAUCAUCGUCAUCUACCAAUAAUACUUCUACACCAAAUGCUGCAAAUAGUACAGAAAAUGCUAAAUCUCCAACUAAUUCUGAAGCACCGUCUACAAAUAACACAUUGCCAGUAACUACAGCUGAUGGCACUAAUAUUGCUGAAUCUAGUAAAGCAAUUGAGCAAAAAGGAACUGUCGAAUCUGAAAAGAAUAUAAAAGACAACAAAAAUGGACAAGCGGAAGAAGAAGAUGAUGAUGAUUACCCAGGCGAUAGUAGCGAUAAGUUGUGGGAUGAUGUCGAUAAAGACUUGGGCGAUAUUUUAAGAGAAACAGAAGCAGGAGGUAAAUCAAGUGAUGAUGAAGAUUCUCGUUAUGAUCGUUUCCGUAAUUCAGAUAAGAAACAACAACAUUCUGGCAAGGAUAAAGAAAGGGAUAGCGAAAAGAAUGAAAUAGAUGAAAAAGAAAAUAUAAAAAAGCAAGAAGUGAAAGUAAAAAUUGAAAAAAUAGAUAUGUAAAGUCCAAGAAUUAUUAGUACGUUUCAACCAUAUCCUAAUGUGAUUUUAUUAUUUUUCUACAAAAAUUUGUAAAACUUUAAAAACCAUAGAAAACAUAUAAUAUCAGAAUUUCAUACAAAGCAAUUAUUUUUUAUAAGGUUAAAUAGUUAUUUUCAAUCAAGUUGACAAAACUCUAUGUACAAUACUAUAUUUGUUCUCUAUAAGUUUGUUGUAAAAAUGUUGUAAAAAUGCGUAAUUUAAACAUUAUUUGUUUCAUAUAAAAUUGUGAGUAUGAAACUGUGUUUAGAUUUUUAUUUACUAAAUACUGGACAUGCUUGAAAUGUACACACUGAUAUAAACUUCAUAAUGUUCAAUUCCUUUGUAAUUCAAAUAGUCACUAUGUACGCACAUUCAGUGACAAUGUUGACAAGAACUGUAAAGGAAAUUAUUCAUAUAAGCAUGUUAAGUAUAGUUAUGUAAAAGUAGCGGUUAUUUGUGCAUUGAAAAUUUGAUGGAAUCUACAAAAAAAACAACAAAAAUAUCUAAUUAAUUUCUAAUUAUUAAUGUAAAUGAAUAUAUAACAAAAUCAAUUAACUUGUCACUUUUAGAUAAGUGUAAUAAAUAUUAUAUACAUCUUAAUUGUA